AUGUCCGCGCCAGUUGAUGACUCCUCGGAACCGAAACCACUCAAUGAGAAGACGGACAGAUAUAAUUCCAGCUCCUCAGAGGACGGUACAGUGGUGAACGAUGGAUCAUAUCCUCCAAAACAAACGAACGCGGCAGUUAAUGUAGCAAUGGAGGAAGAGCCGCAUUCUCCCUGCCGUUCCCCGUCGCAGCACAGGGAGAUUGCUAGUCGUCUAGAUGAUGAAUUGGCUAUGAUGGAGGCAGAGCGUGUCGUGUCGUCACUCGAUAGAAAGUUAUCUACGCAUGAGAAAAUUGGCCGUUCCAUGUCCUUACCGCGCAGCCGCUCGAGGCGCUCUGAACCUGUCGACGAAUUCGAAGCGGCAACAAACCCGCUGCAUGAACAGGCUGCCAUUUUCAACCCACCCGAGAACCCAACAACAAGCUUGGCCAAGUGCUUCAAAAAGAUUCAUGAAUCCAGUUUCUUGGUUCGCUAUUUCACUUAUAUUACUCCACUGGUUUUGAUCCUUCUCAUUCCACUAUUGGCUGGCUUAUUUGCCUUUCCAAAUGCAAAUGUUGGUGGUGUACAGCUACUAUGGUUCUCCGUGUGGUUGGAGAUUGUCUGGCUCACCCUCUGGGCUGGUCGCAUCGUUGCCAAAUGCCUCCCUAUCCCCAUGAGCCUGAUAGCGAGUAUACUCACCAACAAUGCAAAGAAGUGGCGUGAUUUGGGGAAGCAGCUUGAACUUCCCGCAACUCUUUUCUUCUGGUGGCUCGGAAUUGAGGUAUCCUUUUUGCCAACUAUGACAAACCACCAUAUCGACGGGAAUCGUGCUACCAGAUCAUGGGAGGUUGUCGUCAAUAAAAUCAUUGUUUCCAUUUUUGUGGGCGCAACUGUCAACUUUAUUGAGAAGAUUAUCAUCCAGCUGAUAGCCAUAAGCUUCCAUCUUCGCACGUAUGCGGAUCGCAUUGAGAUUAACAAAUUCCAGAUCGGAAGCUUGGCCAAGUUAUAUGCCUAUUCCAGGGAAAAAAUUACAUUGCAAGAUCGCGACUUUGAAGAAUCUCCGCCGCAGAGCUCUGGCACGCGGACUCCCAUGCAAUAUGCUGGAGUCGCACAACGGGUUGCGCGAUCAGCCUUAAACCGGGUCGGGGACGUCGCCGGAGCAGUUGCCGGCGAUUUCAUAGGGAAGAAGGUUGCUAAAAGUUACCAUCCUCACCAAGUCGUGCUGAAUCUCCUAAGCACAACAUCCGGCAGCCAGGUUCUUGCCCGCCGCCUAUACCGGACUUUUGUCCGCGAAGGAUUUGAGACCAUCUUCUCAGGGGAUCUAAAGGCAGCAUUUGAAAAUGGAGACGAGGCAGAGGCCGCUUUUACCAUGUUUGACAAGGAUAUGAAUGGCGACAUUUCCAUGGAGGAACUGGAGGCUGUCUGUGUUGAAAUCGGCAGGGAACGCAAGUCCAUCACUGCCUCACUAAAGGAUCUCGACUCCGUCGUUUCCAAGCUUGAUAAUGUCUUGGCCUUCAUCGUUGUUGUUGUUACUAUUCUUGUGUUUUUGUCUCUGAUUUCUCCGUCCACUGCUGGUGUCUUGACUUCCGCUGGUUCUACGUUACUAGCACUCUCCUGGCUGUUUUCUGCUACAGCCCAGGAGUUCUUGCAGGCAAGUAUUAUUCCAUCACAAUCAAUCGUAUUCGUCUUCAUCAAGCAUCCGUUUGACGUGGGAGAUCGAGUCUCAAUCUACGGAAAUACCGGCGCAGCUUUAACCGGUGACGACUAUUUCGUGAAAGAAAUUGCUCUGCUUUAUACGGAAUUUAAGAAGAUGGAAGGACAUGUGGUGCAGGCACCUAACAGCUAUCUCAACACGCUUUUUAUAUUAAACCAACGGCGAAGUGGGGCCCUGGCAGAGGCCGUCCCCAUCGUCAUCAAGUUCGGAACCACACUUGAGCAGAUUGAUGCCCUACGUCUACGGCUCACGGAGUUCGUCCGCUCUGAGAACCGCGAGUAUCAGGGUAAAAUUCUCACUGAGUUGCGACAGGUGACUGAGAACUUCUCCAUCACCCUCAACGUUGUCUUCUUCUAUAAAUCGAACUGGCAAAACGAACUGCUUCGUCUGCAACGUCGCAACAAGUUCAUCUGCACUCUUAUGCUCGUUCUACAGGAAGUCGGCAUUGAAGGACCGCGCAUGAACAUGAUUGGCGCGAGGCAAGAACUGCCCUAUCACAUUUCCCACCAAGGCGCUCCACCCGCAUAUACAAACGGAAGAGGCCCCGAUUCGUCCAUGCCCGAUGAACCGACCGACCCACAGCUAGUGGCCGAAUCCCGCGACGCCUUAGGAGACCUGGGCCAUGCUCAUUCCACCGGCCUGAACAGACAUGCAUCCAUCCUCCGCCGCCGUUCCUCCACAACCAUGAAUUCCCGCGCCAGACAAGGAUCCCUUUCCAAACGCGUCGACUUCUCCUUAGGCAUGAGCGAACUCAGUGCGGAAGACUCCAUGUCAGACGUCCACACCGACCGCCGGCAUCCAAAAGUCAACGACAUAAUCCGCAACGCGAACCGCGAAUCUGCAGAGCGCCGCCGGAAAGAGCAAGAAGAAGCCGAAGCGCAACGCCGCGUUUCUGAGCUGGAAGAGUCCCGCUCCCGCAGUUCGGUGGAUUCACAUCCGUCACGUCUCGUUGCCUCCGCGGGCCUUCCACCCACGCACGGUAGCCUGUCGUCCCCUAUCCACCGUGAACGUUUCUUCUCACGCCUGGGUUCACGUUCUUCCAGGAAAGGGAAGUCAAGUGUCCGUAACAAGGACCCUGUGACGGCCGACACGGAGCUGAUGGAGCAAGGACGCUACACGGGACUGAGUUAUUUCCCUUCGCAUGAUCCGCUAGAUCCCCAAUCGGGUAGCGAUUCGACCCCCGCUGGACAGGAUGAUAAUCUUUUAAAUCACCCACCUUCGCCGGGUACAGGUGAUAGGAGGUAG